UUUUAGGGGCGCCCAACGGGGAGUAGGUGCUCUUGGAAUCUUUUUGGGUGUUUUUAUGGGAUGUCCGGUUCACAGAGCAAAACAAAAAUCUACUUGCAGAAAGUAGACUUCUAUAAGAAUCAAAUUGUUGCACAUUUCAUCAGUAAUACUUUUACACUCUAGAAACUGAAUUUGAAUCUCAUCUCCACCAAAAUGAAAGCAGUUGUUAUCACUACUCCAGGAGGUCCGGAAGUACUAGAAAUACAAGAAGUAGAAAACCCUAAAAUCAAAGAUGAUGAAGUUUUGAUUAAAAUUGAAGCUACUGCAUUAAACAGAGCUGAUACUGUACAAAGAAAAGGAUCUUAUCCACCACCACCUGGUGCUAGUACUUAUCCUGGUCUUGAAUGUUCUGGAAUCAUCGAAGCUGUUGGAAAUGACGUUACUCGAUGGAAAAUCGGUGAUCAGGUGUGUGCUCUUCUAAGCGGAGGAGGGUAUGCAGAAAAGGUAGCAGUACCAGCUGGCCAAGUUCUUCCUAUUCCAUCUGGUGUUUCUCUUAAGGAUGCAGCUGGUUUUCCUGAGGUGGCAUGUACUGUUUGGUCGACUGUUUUCAUGACUAGCAGGCUAACUUCAGGAGAAACUUUCCUGGUUCAUGGUGGGUCUAGCGGAAUUGGCACAUUUGCUAUACAGAUGGCUAAAUACUGCGGAGCGAAAGUAUUUGUCACAGCAGGAAAUACGGAAAAAUUAGCUGUCUGCAAGAAUCUUGGAGCUGAUGUUUGCAUCAAUUAUAAGACUGAAGACUUUGUGGCUCGGGUGAAGGAAGAAACUGACGGAAAAGGGGUUGAUGUUAUACUGGACAAUAUUGGUGGGUCCUAUUUCCAACGAAAUCUCGCCAGCUUAAACAUUGAUGGCCGACUCUUUAUUAUCGGGCUCCAGGGUGGUACAGCUACGCAAGUAAAUCUGGCUCCAUUUCUUCAAAGGCGUCUUACAGUGCAAGGCGCUGGGCUGCGGUCCAGAAGUUCUGAGAACAAAGCAUCAAUUGUUAGCGAGGUUGAGAAGAAUGUUUGGCCAGCAAUUGCUUCUGGAAAGGUAAAGCCUGUGAUCUACAAAUCCUUACCCUUGUCUGAAGUUGUAGCAGCACACAAGUUAAUGGAAAGCAGCACUCAUAUUGGAAAGAUACUACUCAUACCAUGAACUGGAAAUGAGUGUUUAUAAUCUUAUGACAGUUGGCAUACCUUGGAACUUAAUAAAAUGGGUUUAAUUAAGCAGACCUACAGUCUAUGUAAAAGUGUUGCUUUCCCCUUAUAUAUAGAACAGGAGAAGGCUUCAUCAUCAAGAUAAAAUUGUGCUGUAAUAUGGUUCCUUGUUUAAAAGUUCUAUUAUGUUCUGAGCCUUGAUGUAUUUCGUUUGGCUGUUUGGAUAA